AUGGAACGAAUCUAUAAUGCUAAGGGGUGUCCAGAUGACAAGAGGCUGGCCUUUACAGAGUAUUUGUUGACUGGGGAGGCUAGUCAUUGGUGGACGAUUAUGAAGAUGAUUUUGGCGGACACCCAUAGUCUCAUCUCAUGGGAAGUAUUCAGAAGCAAGUUUUACGAAGAAUACUUCCGAGAUAGCGUUCGUUUUGCAAAGGAGGUGGAGUUUCUUCAGUUGGUGCAAGAUGGGAUGUCAGUGUCGGACUACACCAACAAAUUCAAAAAUUUAGUGAGAUUUAACACUAUGGAGACCAGUGAAGAAUGUCAGUGUAGGAAGUUUGAAAAUAGGCUGAGGAGUGAGUUGAAGCUGCUGAUAUCCAGCCUGUGUAUUAGGUCUUUUCCUGCCAUGGUUGAGAGAGCAAAAGUAUUAGAGAAGAACGUUCAAGAGAUGGAACAACAGAAGGCAAUAAAUAAGUAG